CAGCAAUCCUCCAACCAAAUCCAGCCGAGCCGAGCCGAGCCGAUCCGAGCGGAGCAUUUGGCUGCGUUGCCCCGUACUGACAGAGGCAGUGGAGGGGGAGAUGAGCGGGUAGAGCCACCGUCCUCCGUCCCUUACUGAGCCACAUUCUGCCUCUUCGCGCUAAAAUCUCCCGCAGACACGAUGGUCUCCAUCAGGACCGAGGUUUUCUCCUUCCAGCUGAUACUUCUCUGCAUGAUAGUGGCAGCAGCUGAGCCGCUGGUCCGAGGCCUGAGGAAACUCCCUGAAGAUAUCGACUGGUCGUACUCAGGUGCCCUGAAUCAGCGUAUCUGGGGUAAGAAGUACCCAUCUUGUAACAGCGCCAGGCAGUCUCCUGUGGACAUCGACGAGACCUUUACCCAGGUCCGUCUGCAGUACCAGAACCUGCAGCUGGACGGGUGGGAAGCGCUGACGGCCGGGUCCAGCACCGUCCACAACAACGGGAAGACCGUUUCCAUCAGUGUGGAAGGGGAGUUCUUUGUGAGUGGAGGCGGGCUGAGCUCAAGGUUCCGCGUCGGUUCAAUCAGCUUCCACUGGGGGCGCUGCAAUGCUACAUCAGAAGGGUCUGAACACAGCCUGAACGGGAUGAAAUAUCCUCUGGAGAUGCAGAUCUACUGCUAUGAUCCAACCUUCCUAAGUCUGGAAGAUGCUGUGAGGAGAGGAGGCAGGAUCGCUGCGCUGGCCGUGCUCUUUGAGAUCAGCUUGGACGACAAUGAGAAGUUCAGUCCUGUUAUCGAGGCCGUCAACACUGUCAGCAGGUUUGGUAAGAGCGGCUCGAUUGAAGCCUUCACCCUGCGGUCCUUGCUGCCUAACAACACGGAUAAAUAUUACAUCUACAACGGCUCGCUAACAACACCACCCUGCUCAGAAACAGUGGAAUGGAUCCUCUUUAAACAGCCUGUGGCCAUAUCAGAAACACAGCUGGAGGUGUUUUGUGACGUGAUGACCAUGGAGCAGGCUGGAUAUGUGAUACUGACAGAUUACCUGCAGAACAACUUCCGGGAGCAGCAGCAGUUCAUGGGUCAGGUGUUCGCCUCGUACACCGGCGUGGAGGACGUGCUCACACCCACUUGCAGCUCGGAGCCGGAGAACGUUCAGGCUAACGCUCAGAACGACACCACCAUCGUGGUGAUGUGGGAGCGUCCCCGCGUGGUCUACGACACCACCAUCGACUGGUACACCGUCACCUACCAGAGGCUCCAGGGCCGGGAGCAGAGCAGGCAGGAGUACAGGACGGACGGGGAUCAGGACGUGGGUGCCUUCAUCCCCGGCCUGCUAGCCAACAGCAGCUACGUCGUGCAGGUGGUCGCUGUUUGCACCAAUGGCCUCAGAGGACGGUGGAGUGACCAGAUCAUAGUGGACAUGCCGUUAGAAGACCCCGAAAGUGAUUCUGAUUCUGACGCCGUCUCCAAAGAUCUGGAAGGCAACCGAGAGGUUACAUCUAAAGCCAGAUCAGCGACCCCAGAGACCCAGAAUCAGGGGGAGGACCACAGUCCGGUCGAGGAAAUCCCAGUGGAGCAGACCCGUGUGUACCAGAACCUACCUGUGCAAAUCAGCACCCGCCCGACCCCAGACAAUCCAUCUGAGUCCGCCUUGCAACGCAAAACUCAAAUCAAGCAGAUAGUGAGAAAGAAGCCGAGCCGGGCCAACCCUACACCCGAUGCCAUGGAUCAGAACUGGAUUUACGAGGACAGCGAUGUUCCGUCACGCAGGCCGCUCACUAAUCCUAGUUUUGGAGGCAACGGGGCAAUAUGGCUAGGCGAGGUAACUGAACAGCCCGGCUUCCUGUUUCCAGUUGCCUGGCCAACCACACCGCCAACAGUUCGGAGACAAAUCACAGAAGAGGCCUCAUUGUCGGUGACGGCGCAUCAGCAGGUGGGUGAUCAAAAUUCACCAGACCAAACCGGAGAAAAUGACACCCCCUCCCCCUUGUUGGAACUCUACACCCCUCCUGUGGAGGACAUCACUGAUAUCUUCUAUGAAGACACAGUCAACAACGCCCCCGGAGAGACCAACAGCUCUGCUGCUGCUGAGUUGCCAGCUGACACUGUGGUCAAAGUCGCCCUGCCGUCCUCUGAAGACAGCCGCACCCCUGUUAGCGAUCCUCACCCGCAAACCAGCACCUCCGUGUCCUCCGUCCCCCCGCCACUAUGGGUCACGGGACGGGUGGCGACCCCCAGCAACACACUGGCUGAGUCCCUCUACAAAUCCUUCACCACCUCCUCCCUCCUCAGGGGACUCGUGCACACAACCCAGCCCAUGUUGAACGAGGGCAGCAACAGCAGCCAUGAGUCUCGGGUGGGGCUGGUCGGAGGUGUGGAGAGAGAGAAGAGGACAGUCGUUCCUCUGGCUGUCGUCUCCACUCUCACCAUCCUCUGUCUGCUGGUACUGGUGGGCAUUCUCAUCUACUGGAGAAACUGUUUCCAGGUGGCUAAUUUCUACCCAGAUGACAGUGCAUCACCUAAAGUCAUAUCAGCUCCAUCCACACCCCUGCUGCUGGCCACAGACGGUCACGAGCCUCUGACAGUGAAGCAGUUUGUGAAGCAUGUCAUGGAGCUACACACCAGCAACACUUUCUCCAAGGAGUUUGAGAUUGUCAAAGAAUCCUAUGAGGAGGUGCAGGCAUGCACUGUGGACAUGGGCAUCACCGCGGACAGCUCCAAUCACCCCGAAAACAAGAGCAAGAACAGAUACAUAAACAUCCUGGCCUAUGACCACAGUAGAGUCAAGCUGUCCAGCAGUUUGGACAGAGAUGCGAGAUGUGGAGACUACAUAAAUGCUAACUUUGUGGAUGGUUACGAGCGGACGAGGGCCUACAUCGCAGCUCAGGGGCCUCUCCGAGCGGGCCGGGAAGACUUCUGGAGGAUGAUCUGGCAGCAGAACAUCGGAGUUAUCGUCAUGAUCACUAACCUUAAGGAGAAAGGACGGACAAAAUGUGAGCAGUACUGGCCGGAGGACAACCAGGAGGAAUACGGCGCGUACCAGGUGACCAUGAAGAGCAUCAAUGCCCUGGCUUACUACACCCUGCGGACGUUCUCUGUCAGAGAUACCACAAAUAAGGCUCCUCAGAAGAGAGUUGAACACACAGUCCUACAUUACCACUACACCCAGUGGCCAGACAUGGGCGUCCCAGAAUACACUCUGCCUGUGCUGUCCUUUAUCAGAGCCUCGUCCAGGGCGCGGACGCAGGAGAUGGGACCCGUCCUCGUACACUGCAGUGCGGGCGUAGGGCGGACAGGAACCUACAUAGUGAUCGACAGCAUGUUGCAGCAGAUCCAGGAACAGGGCACUGUGAACGUUCUCGGUUUCCUUAAACAUGUUCGGACACAGAGGAACUUCCUGGUUCAGACGGAGGAGCAGUACGUGUUCAUUCAUGAAGCUCUGGUGGAGGCCGUCAUGAGCCGUGGCACCUUGGUGAACUCUGACCUCCUUCACACUUACGUGUCUGACCUCCUGACCCCCGGCACAUCAGGCAGGACGCGCAUGGACAAACAGUUCAAGUUGAUCAGUCAGCGCCAGGCGAAGCACGCAGACUACAGCACCGCCCUGAGAGACGGCAACGCUGAGAGGAACCGAGCCCGGGCCCUGAUGCCUGUGGAAAGGUCGAGAGUGUGUCUGAGCGCUUCAGAGUCAAACUCCACGGGCUACAUCAACGCCUCCUAUGUCAUGGGACAUCACCACAGUAAGGAGUUCAUUGUGAGCCAGACUCCUCUGGACAGCACGGUGGCAGACUUCUGGAGGAUGAUCUGGGAACACGGCACACACACUGUUGUCGGUCUGCCAGACACACACUGUCGGAGUGAAGAGGGCGGGUCUUGUGUUUACUGGCCCAGUAAAGACCAGCUAAUGAGCUUCGAAGGUUUCACUGUGUCAUAUUCGGGGGAGGAGCAUGUGUGCCUGUCCAAUGACGAGAGACUUCUGGUGCAGGACUUUACACUGGAAUCCCAACAGGACCACCAUGUGUUGGAGGUGCGUCAGUACAGCGCCCCCUGCUGGCCAAACCCUGACAGUCCCAUCAGCAACGGCUUUGAUGUGAUCCGUACAGUCAGGGAGCACAGCAGACUCUCAGACAGCCCUACACUCAUACACGAUCCGUUGGGGGGAGCAACAUCAGGGCUGUUCUGUGCCCUCACCUCUCUGUGCAGUCAGCUGGAGGAAGACGGAGCAGUAGAUGUUUACCAGGUGGCACGGAUGACCAACCUCAUGAGGCCUGGGGUUUUUAAUGACAUAGAGCAGUACCAGUAUCUGUACCGCGCCGUGCUGAGCCUGGUGAGCAGCCAAGAAGACCAGAGAGCACUGCAGAGUCCAGAGACCAACGGCUCGGUACCGCUGGGUCAGAACAACAUCGCCGAGAGCCUGGAGUCACUCAUGUAGACACACACACAUACACACACACACACACACACACACACACACACACACACACACACACACACACACACACACACACACACAGCUCAUUUCUGAUGUGGCACCUCUUUCUAAAUAGAGAAAAUGCCACUUUCUAAUAAGAGAGUGAUUAUAAAGGACACAUUUUUCGUUAAAUCACUACUGGAGUUAACAAAUUCUUUACUAAUGCUUUAUAGAUCAGUUAUAAGUCUUUAAAUAAACAUUGUUUUUGUUGUCGGGUUGCGAAAACUCCCCUAAAAUCUAUUUAGUAAAAUGAUAGCUUCAUUGUUCAAGACAUAAUAAACAUUUAUUGAUGAAUAAGCUAUAUUUACAAGCAUAUAACGGAGCUAUAAGGCAUUAAUAAAUUGUUUAAUAAGCAUAAAUAAAUCCAUUAGUUACACUCAGAAUUAGAAAUAAACAAUUGUGAUUAAAAACAAUCAAAAAUAUAUUUCUAAAUAUUAAAAUUCAAAAUAUUUUUCUUAACGAUGAAGAGUCACCUAUUCAGUUCAAAUGACUGACGUACCUAAAUGUAAUACUUCUGCCUAUCUUAAUUUUUCGUCAACAUUGUUUUUAUUAUUUGGUUUGUUUCUUUCCCUAUACUCCAUGCAAGACAAAAUAACAAAAAAUGGAUAGAAAUGAAACAAAAUUACUUUAAUUUCAAAACUGACAUCUCCUAAACUCUUGAUUUCUUAUAUAUUUGAUGCAGUGCACAACAUUAGCCAGCAGAUGUCGGGGCUCAAACUACCACUCCUCCUUAUUUAGAGUAAUAUUUUAAAACCAAACCUCUUCAGGUCUCGCUAGUGACAUUUAUUAUUUGACAUCAAGGUGUUUACUGCCGUUCCACUGGCUCAAUGGACUCUGAUACCCCGUGCCUUUUCUAAUUCAUCCUAUUGUACUACAAGCCUGUUUUGAUACUGUGUGACUAAUAUGCCAAAAUAAUGACUUGGGAUUUUUUUCUACUUUAUUAAAGUAUUUCGCGCAUGUUGCUCCGUAUGUAAAGGUCUGAGAGGAGAUUAAAAAUCAUCAGAUAUUUUGUAAAAGAUGCAAGCUGUCCCCACUAGCCUGGUGGCUCAAACAUGCGGGAGGGGGAAGUAACAGUAAGGAAUUGAUUCCAAAGGUUUAAUAAAGGGCAGAACAUCUUAAAACCUCCGAAAUCACUCCUGCAGCAGAAUAAUCAAUCAUUAUAAUCUUGAGAAAAGAAUCAGUGCAUCACUCAGCCGGGACAUAAGCCGUGUUUCCAUUCACAUUGGGAAGCAUCACAUUAGAGAAGGAUUUAAGAAAACGCCGAUGAUAUUUCCUUAAUUGCUGGAGAGGUGAUGCUAGAUGAAAACUCAUCUGCAGAAUAAGUUGUGGCAAACUUUUAAGUCACAUGACUGAUCAGCUGUUUCUGAUGACAUGUAUUUAUGUUGUCAGCAGGAAAGAGGAAUUUAAAUAUUGCUUUCUGUUACCCUGAGGAAUACAGCCACCUAAUUCUGUCAAAACUGCGCUCUGUGGAGACAAAUUAACUCCACACCAGAUGAUGGACGCCUAUUUUACAUUAUUUUGUGUGAAAUUUCAACAGCCUUUCUUGAUAUUUCUAUUGAAACACGGCUCUGUUGUUGCGUUCGGGGACAGAUCAGUGGAAAGAAAGACGAACUUCAUCACGUCCUGCAUCCUUGUGCCACUCGCUACGACUGUUUUCAUUUUGCAGGUUGUUUCUACUGCCUCGACUCGAUCGAUCGAUGUCUGAUCUACGUGCUGCAGCCUCUGUUUUGCUUCCACCAUUUAUUUAGCUCAUCUGGGGAAGCAAAACCCAACUGCACCCAUGUGUCUCUUUCUGUGUAAAUACCCCUGAAUACAUCAAAAGGCCAAAAUUACUGUAUGUUUAUAAUGUACCGCUAUAUAUUUUCUAUUUUACUAUAAAAAAAAGUCUUUUUCUAGUCCUCUACACAUAUACAGUAUACCUGUGUGGAUCUAUUUGAUAAUUUUAGCCUGGAAAUAUUGGUCAUGUUUAUAGUUUUAAUGGAAAGUUAUCUCUGCUUAUCUUCAUGAUUACAGUAGCAGCUUAAUGUCGAUCCCUUUUAUUUCCAGCCAUAAACAGUAUGUAAAUAAAUAAAAAAUAGCAACACGAUUUAUGUUUCCAACCUUGUUUAUGAUUUUAAACUCGUUUAUUUUUCAAGGAGGGGAAAAAAAUAAAAUGUUGUUGUUCAUAUCGAAA